AUGAUGGCCAGGACUCAUGACAAUGCUGUGAAGCAUGGUGUCUCCGGACCUGGAAAGGCCGAAAACCCCAAGACUCGGGAAGUGGAGAUUAAGGACCCUGAAGGAGACAUGAGUAAAAACAAAGUUACUCCUGGGCUGUGGACCAUUCAUCGAGAUGGAGAAGUCCUUCUGAGGCUAUCCAAACAUGGGCCAGGCCAUGAGACCCCAGUAACCAUCCCUGAUUUUUUUCGGGAGUCAGUCAAACGAUUUGGGGCAUAUCCAGCCCUUGCAACAAAGAACGGUGAGCAGUGGGAAGUUCUGAAUUUCAACCAGUACUAUGCGGCUUGUCGGAAGGCUGCAAGAGCCUUGAUCAAGCUGGGCCUGCAGCGUUUCCACGGAGUUGGCAUCCUGGGGUUUAACUCCAUUGAGUGGUUCAUCGCUUCCCUCGGUGCCAUCUUAGCAGGGGGUCUUUGUGUUGGUAUUUAUGCCACCAACUCUGCGGAGGCUUGUCAGUACGUCAUUAGUCAUGCCAAAGUGAACGUCCUGCUGGUUGAGAAUGACCUACAGUUAAGGAAAAUCCUUUCGAUUCCGCAGAGCAGGAUGGAGCCCCUGAAGGUGAUCGUCCAGUACAAGCUGCCCAUGAAGGGGAGCAGUAAUAACCUGUACUCUUGGAAUGAUUUCAUGGACCUGGGCAAUGACAUCCCCGAUUCCCAACUGGACCAGAUCAUGGAAAGCCAGAGGGCUAAUCAGUGUGCUGUGAUCAUCUAUACUUCUGGGACCUCAGGCAAUCCCAAGGGAGUGAUGCUUAGCCAUGACAACAUCACGUGGACGGCAGGGGCAGUGGCAAAGAACAGUGGCCUGUCUUGUGCCGCAGAAAAGCAAGAGGUGGUGGUUAGCUACCUUCCCCUCAGCCACAUUGCAGCUCAAAUGAUGGAUAUGUGGUUACCCAUGAAGAUCGGGGCUUUCACCUACUUUGCUCAACCAGACGCUCUCAAAGGUACCCUGAUCAGCACUCUGAAGGAGGUAAAGCCCACCAUCUUCCUGGGGGUGCCCCGAAUUUGGGAGAAGAUGCAGGAGAUGAUCAAAGAAAAUAGCGUCAAAUUCUCAAGCUUGAGGAAGAAGGUGUUCUCAUGGGGAAGAGUUAUUGGCUUAAAGGUCAAUACAAAAAGGAUGUUGGGGGUACAUGACACUCCCGGGAGCUACCGCAUGGCGAAGGCCCUGGUGUUCAGCAAAGUCAGGAGUGACCUUGGCCUUGAUAAAUGCCACUUUACCGUCAGCGGGGCUGCGCCUCUCGACCAACAGACCUCUCAGUUCUUCCUAAGCCUGGACUUGCCUAUACAUGAGAUAUACGGUAUGACGGAAUGCACAGGACCCCACAGCAUGUUCAGCCAGAAUAGCUACAAGAUUCACAGCUGUGGCAAAAUCAUGGCUGGAUGUAAGAACAUGCUAUACCAGCAGAGCAAGGACGGCAUCGGGGAGAUCUGCAUCUGGGGUCGGCACGUCUUCAUGGGCUAUCUGGAAAUGGAAGACGUGACCAUGGAGGUCAUCAAUGACGAAGGCUGGCUACACACGGGGGACCUGGGCCGCAUAGACAACCACGGUUACCUCUACAUCACCGGCCGCAUCAAAGAAAUCCUUAUCAUGGCUGGUGGUGAGAACGUGGCCCCUAUUCCCAUCGAGAACUUGGUUAAAGAGAAGAUUCCCAUAGUCAGUAAUGCCAUGUUAGUGGGAGAUAGAGCAAAGUUUCUGAGCGUCCUGCUGACGUUGAAGUGUGAGGUCGACAGGACGAACGGAGAGCCACUGGACAAGUUAAGCUUGGAGGCCAUCCACUUCUGCCGGAACCUGGGAAGCCACGUGUCCACCGUUUCUGAGAUUCUGGAGCUGCAGGACCCCCUGGUCUACAAGGCCAUCCAGCGAGGCAUAGAUGCUGUGAAUCAGGAAGCCAUUUCCAACACGCAGAGGAUCCAUAAGUGGGCCAUCCUGGAGAAGGACUUUUCUGUCCUACAUGGAGAGCUGGGUCCGACGACAAAGAUUAGGAGACAUUUUAUCACCCAGAAAUACAAAAAGCAAAUUGAGAAAUUCUACCACUGA